CCUUUAAUUUUCUGUCACUCAUAUUCUUUGAAAUCUCAUCGAUUAAACUAAGUCAUCCCCUGAAGCCACAAUUCAUUGCACAGUCCAUGGCCAAAACCACGAGGUUCUGCUACCUUCUAUUAAGGGUCCUGGCCUUUGGGGCGACCCUUUCUUCCGUCAUUGUCAUGGCCACUAGCCACGAAACAUUUAGCUUCUUCACGGUAUCCUUGGAAGCAAAGUACACCCACUCCUCUGCCUUCAAGUACUUUGUAAUUGCCAACUCUGUAGUGGCCGUCUACGGAUUCCUCGUCCUCUUUCUUCCCUCAGGAAGUUUUCUUUGGCAAUUCGUCAUUUUCUUUGAUUUGGUGUUCACAAUAUUACUCACCUCAAGCAUAUCCGCCGCAUUGGCUAUGGCUUAUGUGGGCAAGAAGGGAAAUAGAUAUACUGGUUGGGUGCCAGUAUGUGGUCAAGUACCCAAAUAUUGUCAUCAAGUGACAGGAGCGUUAGCCUCUGGUUUCAUUGCACUCAUUAUGUAUAUUAUUCUCCUUGUUCAUUCCAUUUACAGCAUCCUACCUCUUCUUCAAGCAGGUAAAACCUGAAUACAGAGUUUGGAAACAUCCAGAGACAGAGUCCUAUGCUGUUGAAGCACAAGUGAAGCUCUCUUUCUUAUCAUUUUUGCUCUUUUUGCUAAAUUUUCUGCCUUUCUUGCG